UGUACCCAACCGUGAUCAGUGGCGUCGUGACACCAAUUCCAUCACUACUUCUACCCUGAGCCCCUCUACUUUACCAUCAACUCUCUCGGUGAUCAUCCUCAACCUCAGCCGCCAUCACGUCUCCCUCUGAAUCAGUGUUAACAAGCUAAUAAGAGAUGGACCCGACGGAGGAGCCAGCGACGACGGUUGGGGAGGACACAGAGAUAAAGUUCUCAGCAGUGGACUACACGCUCUUCAUCCUCAUGCUGGUGGCGUCCAUCAGCAUUGGGGUGAUCAGCGCCAUUAGGAACCGUAACAAAGUGUCCACGCAGGAAUAUCUGAUGGGGGGCAGGAACAUGCCGGCGGCGCCUGUAGCACUCUCCCUCCUUGGCGGCAGGAUAUCUGCAAUAUCUAUAUUAGGUAAUCCCACGGAGAUAUACUUCUUUGGUACUCAGAUCGCCAUGAUUCUCCUGGGCGCUAUUCCGGGCUGUUUCUUCGUCAGCAUAGUCAUAAUCCCGAUUUUGUACAACCUGAGAAUCGUCUCUAUUAACGAGUAUAUAGAGCUGAGGUUUGAGUCACGACUGCUAAGGACGCUGGCAACUCUGUGUACUCUUCUCUCUUCUUUCAUUUACAUGGGCAUCUGCCUCUAUGCUCCAACAUUAGCUCUGUCUACAGUCACGGGCCUCGCUACCUGGGUAUCCACACUUAUCAUGGGGACAAUAUGUACCUUCUACAUCACAAUUGGUGGUGUAAAGGCUGUGGUGUACACAGACGUGUUGCAAACGUUGCUCAUGUUUGGCGGGGUGCUGGUGGUGGUGAUCCUCUGUUGUAUUGACCUGGGCGGCGUUGACAAAGUGUGGGCCAUUGCAGACCGAGGUGGACGCAUCCAAUUUUUCAACCUCGACACGAGCCCUUUUGAGCGCCACACUCUGAUGUCCACUGUGGUCUUCGGCUAUUACUUAAUAGUCUCUUCCAUCGGCUUCAACCAAACCACCUUCCAGAGAUUAGCAUCUGUGAGGACGCUUCAGACAUCACAAAGAUUGGUAAUGGUCUUCCUGGUGGGGUUGUAUACCUUGUGGAGUCUCUUCUACUUCUCGGGGCUCGUCGCCUAUGCCACCUACAGUGAUUGUGAUCCGCUCACUACCGGCAAGAUUGAAAAACCUGACCAAAUAAUUCCAUUCUUGGUGACUGACAAGCUGAGUCACUUGCCGGGGUUGGCCGGGAUCUUCGUGGCGGCAGUCUACGGCGGCGUCCUCAGUACACUGUCGUCAUGCGGUAACUCAUUCGCGUGUGUCGUCUGGGAGGACUUCUUGAAGGAGCGGCCCUACUUCAGCAGACUGGGUGAUGUCGGCGCCACUAACGUCGUUAAGAUUCUGUCUGUGAUGGCUGGUGUGGCAGCCAUAUGUAUGGGGCUAAUGGUGGAGAAGCUGGGUAGCAUCUUCCACGUUUCCAACAGCAUCCUGUCUGCCGUGGGAGGCCCACUUAAUGGUCUAUUUUUUACAGGAGUCUGUGCACCGUGGGUCAAUGCAAAGGGAGCUGUGGUGGGGUUCGUACUGUCGUUCAUCUUCAGUGUUUGGGUAGUUAUUGGUAAAUUUGUGCGAGGAGGGGGUUCGCCUCCCCGCCUGCCACUGUCUACUGAGGGCUGCCCAGAGAACCUUGCCCUCUUCCUUAACGCCACCGUCACCGGCCUCGUCAACAAUACCACUCGUCUUGCUGAUACUAUGUUGACGACCACCGCUCUGCCUGAUGCUGUGCCGGCCAACACCACAGCUGUCGAUGG